GGGAGACACAGAAUGUGCCCGCUAGAAGAAGGCACAGACAUCUUCUUCUGUGUUUCGGAAAGGCGAGGCGAGCGGAGCGUGGCCUCGCUCAGAGCUCACAUGUGCCACAAGUAGAGCUCCAUUUCCAGUGAUAAGAAGCAAUGGACCAAGAUUCACACUGCACAGCAGAAAGGGAGCUAUUGGAACCUGUAAGCAGAAUUACUAUGUCUUCUACCAUAAGUCCAUCUGAUGAAGAAGAAAAUCAACCCAAAGCUGAAAUUUCAUGUCAAGCGAGAAAAGAAAAUCCAGAAAAAGGUGACAUGCAAGAUACCGGUGCAACCCUAAGCCCCAACUCUUCAAUGACCACUAAGGAGCUUCAGGAAUAUUGGAGGAAUGAAAAACGUCAGUGCAAACAAAUCAAACUCCUUUUUGAAAUCCCAUCAACCAGAAUUGUAGAGCACCACUUCUCUAAAUAUGUGAUGUAUAAAAUCAUCAUUUUGCAAACAGGGAGUUUUGACAGCAACAAGUCUGUAAUUGAGCGGCGUUAUUCAGAUUUUGAGAAAUUGCACAGAAAUCUGCUGGAGGAAUAUAGCGAAGAAAUGGAAGAUGUAACCUUUCCCAAAAAAGCUCUAACAGGGAACUUCACAGAAGAAAUAAUCAAUGAAAGAAAAUUAGCCUUCAAGGACUACCUGAGACUCCUAUAUUCUAUGAAAUAUAUCAGAAGAUCAAAAAAAUUUAUCGACUUUUUAACAAGGCCAGAGCUUCAGGAAGCAUAUGGUUGCCUGCGGGGUGGCCAGUACACCAAAGCUUUGGAAAUCCUUUUAGAAGUCAUUGGGCUGCAGGAAAGGCUGACAAGAGGGAACCCUUUUGCAAUUGUCCCUACUCUCUGUGCCAUCGUGGUGUGCCACAAGGACCUGGAGAACCCAGCUAGUGCCUUUGAAUACGGAGAAAAAGCUCUGACACGCCUUCGUGUGCAUACCAGCCACAGGUAUUAUAUUCCUCUGUUAGAAACAAUGAUCACUCUGGCAUAUGAACUUGGCAAGGAUUUUCUGUCUUUGCAAGAAAAACUGGAAGAAUGGAAGACAAAGAAAGAUCCCAUACGGGUUUUUACCCUGAAAGAACUCGCAGUUCGGGAGUACGUACGGUGAACACAAGAAAAAUUUAAUGAAAGAGCAAACUCUUGAAAGAGUGGGAACUGGAAAUUACCUGUUUGGCUUGCAUAACAUUAGGAACAAUAGGAAAAACAUUAAAUUAAAUAUCUUUUAUUUUCAAAGGGACAUUAGCUUCUAUGCUGGAAUAUAUUACAUCUACUAUACAGAUAUGAGGAAUACCUGAGGAGCGUCUUAAGGCUUUUUGAAGGCAGCUUGCAAGAAAAUAAUAAUUUCUAAUUUGGUUAUUUUGAACAUAGCUUAUUUUAUGUGAUAAGUCAGAAUAAGAAAAUACAAUUAAUAAAGCACUUGGA